AUGUCCAUCCCAAAAACCUUCACUCUCACUUUCACAGGUGACGUAAUGCUCGGUCGCCUACUCGACCAACUAAUGCCAGAGCACGUCACAAAUGAGCACGACGAACGCAUCGCCACAACCUUCAUCAAAGCCCAUCCAACCCUCCUCGGAAAUGGUAACUACACCCCCUCCUCACCAUGGGGCACAACCCUCCCCCUCCUCCAGUCCUCGACCCUAGCAUGCAUCAACCUCGAAACUUCCGUGACAACAGCCCCAGUCCCAUGGCCAAACAAGGUAUUCAACUACCGCAUGCACCCAGCCAACCUUGCCCCCAUCCUCCACGCCGGUGGUAUCGACUAUGCCAGUCUCGCCAACAACCACACCCUCGACUUUGGCACCGAGGGUCUCACAGAGACAGUGCAAACGCUACAAGAAGCGAACAUCGCUUACGCAGGCGCGGGUGAAACAGCUGAUGACGCAUGCAAACCUGCAGUGCUACAUUUACCUAGAAUCUCAGAGCCAGUAGAACAAGACCAACGCUACGCGGUCCAUGUAUACUCUGCCUCUGACCAUCCACGCGUAUGGGCCAGCGUAUCGGGAUUCAAUCUAUUCGAUUACACGCAUGACACGCGCGCUCGAUUACGGGAAAUGCUUAAUGUCGAAGAAAGUAAGCCUGCGUUGAAGGUGUUUUCGGUUCAUUGGGGGCCGAACUAUUCGUGGGAGCCUGAUGGACGGAUUACGUCUCUUGCACAUUUCUUGAUUGAUGAAUGUGGGGUUGAUAUUGUGCAUGGACAUUCGUCGCAUCAUGUUCAGGGGGUUGAGGUUUAUCAUGGGAAGCUUGUUAUCUAUGGGUGUGGGGAUUUUGUGGAUGACUAUGCGUUGAAUGAUCAGUAUAGGAAUGAUCUUGGGGCUUUGUGGAGGGUUGUUGUUAAGGAGAAGAGUAGUGGUGGGAUUGGGUUGGAGAGAUUGGAGAUUUUUCCUACGCGAGUUGAGAGGUUUAGGGCUGUUUUGUUGGAUUAUACAGAUCCUGAUCAUGUGUGGGUUAGGCGGAAGAUUAGUGAGCUUAGUAACGAGUUUGGGACGUCUGUGAGGGCGGCGCUUGGGGAGAAGGGGGAGGUUGUUGUUGAGUUGCCUGGGGAGUAG